CAACAGUCCUGACAGUGGGCGGCCAUCUUGGAUUCAGUGAGCCCGCAAACCUUACCUUGGCUUGGGUUGGAGAUGGGGAGAUAUCAAGCCGGCUGGAGGUUUAGCCGUUAGCUAUCCCAUUUAUUUUAAAACACGAAAUCCCAGGUCGGAGCUCGUUAUUUAUUUAUUUUUUAGCACGUCUGGAAGUCUUUUAUGUUGACGGGAUAACCGGUUUGAGGAUCUCUGCGGGUACCCCGCCUCCCGUCUGCUCUUCUUGUGUGUGAAUGCAGUGAAGCAGGGCCCGUUUCGGUGUGUUUAUUUCACUUUACACAGACGUAAUCUGUUUGCCUUUCUAACGCUGCUGUACACGUUAAUUUAUGCGAGGGAGCAGGUCUCUUCUGAUUUCGCCGGUGAAUAGUUUGUACCGUACUUGGCAGGAUGCGGUUCUCUAAGUUAUAUUUUAAUUAGGUUGCGACCGGUAGCAUUGCAGAGUAGAACUUGGUAGGUUUGAAUGGCUGGUUUAACUUUACAAGGAAUCAAUGGUUUUUAUUGAAAACCAUCACAGAACUGUCUGGCGUCUGCUGUUCUGAAAACUGUUGCAAAAUAAAUACAAAAGAUCCGGUCUGACCCUGGAAAUAUUAAUAACACGGCUGAGAAGAAUGUCGGCGAGAACACCACUGCCCACGGUUAAUGAACGCGACACCGAACAUCACACGUCUCGUGUGGAUGGGCGCUCGGAGGUGGCGACGCGGCCGAGCCGCACUGGAGCCCGCUGUAGGAAUUCCAUCGCCUCGUGUGCCGACGAACAGCCUCACAUCGGAAACUACCGCCUCCUCAAAACCAUUGGCAAGGGAAACUUCGCCAAGGUGAAGCUAGCCAGGCAUAUCCUCACUGGCAGAGAGGUUGCGAUAAAAAUAAUUGACAAAACGCAGCUGAAUCCUACCAGUCUUCAAAAGCUUUUCAGGGAAGUAAGAAUAAUGAAGAUUUUGAAUCAUCCAAAUAUAGUGAAAUUAUUUGAAGUUAUUGAAACAGACAAGACUCUUUACUUAAUAAUGGAAUAUGCCAGUGGAGGAGAGGUCUUUGAUUAUUUAGUCGCACAUGGACGAAUGAAGGAAAAGGAGGCCAGAUCUAAAUUUAGACAGAUAGUGUCUGCAGUGCAAUACUGUCAUCAAAAACACAUCGUGCACAGAGAUCUGAAGGCUGAAAAUCUGCUGCUUGACGCAGACAUGAAUAUUAAAAUAGCAGACUUUGGUUUCAGCAAUGAGUUUACAUUGGGCAAUAAACUGGACACGUUCUGUGGAAGCCCCCCCUACGCUGCUCCAGAGCUCUUCCAGGGAAAGAAAUACGAAGGACCUGAAGUAGAUGUUUGGAGUUUAGGGGUGAUCCUUUACACACUAGUCAGUGGAUCCUUACCAUUUGAUGGGCAGAACUUGAAAGAGUUAAGGGAAAGAGUACUAAGAGGAAAGUAUCGAAUUCCUUUCUACAUGUCAACAGACUGUGAAAACCUUCUCAAACGCUUCCUAGUGCUAAACCCAAUCAAAAGGGGCACACUUGAGCAAACAAUGAAGGACCGGUGGAUCAAUGCAGGCUGUGAGGAAGAAGAACUAAAGCCUUUUACAGAACCAGAAUUGGAUAUUACAGAUCAGAAGCGAAUAGACAUAAUGGUAGGGAUGGGCUAUUCGCUUGAAGAAAUUCACGAAUCCCUCGGCAAAAUGAAAUACGAUGAAAUAACGGCCACCUAUUUGCUGCUGGGCAGGAAAUCCUCUGAGUUGGACGCAAGUGAUUCCAGCUCAAGUAGCAACCUGUCUUUAGCAAAGAUCAGACCCAGCAGUGACCUCAACAACGGCAUUGGAACAUCCCCGGCACAUCACAAGGUCCAGAGAAUAUCAUCCAGCCAGAAACAGAGGAGGUACAGUGAUCAAGCCGGACCCUCGAUUCCCCCGGUCGUGACCUACCCAAAGAGAAGCCAGACAAGCACUACAGACAAUGACCUGAAGGAGGAAGCAGGUCAGUCCAGGAAGUCCAGUAGCAGCGCUGGGGGAGGAAGGGGAGUGGCUCCUGCCAGCCCCAUGCUUGGGAAUGCUGGCAACCCCAACAAGGCAGACAUUCCUGACCGGAAAAAGGGUUCGGCUGUCCCUAGUAAUAAUUCGGUUUCUGGUGGAAUGACCCGAAGAAACACUUACGUGUGCAGUGAAAGAAACAACACAGACAGGCAGUCUGUAAUACAGAACGGCAAGGAGAACAGCCUGACAGAAAUGUCCGCUUGCUCGCCUAGUCCUUCCGCAUACGCAUCAGCUUGCUCCACAUCCUCCAUCCAGCUGCGACAUCACAAGUCCAUGUCAGCCUCGGGCUACUCCAGCAGGAUGCUGUUGCCUCCCAUAGAAAGUGGAGCCGAUAUCUUCAGGCUUGUCACUACACCUGGCCAGAGAAACCCUGUGGCUUCCACCCACAGUAUCAGCAGCGCAGCCACCCCCGACCGCAUGCGCUUCCCCAGGGGCACCGCCAGCCGCAGCACUUUCCACGGCGGCCAGCUCCGAGAACGCAAGACCGCCACCUACAACGGGCCCCCCGCUUCUCCCACCCUGUCGCACGACGCCACGCCCCUGUCCCAGACUCGCACCCGGGGCUCCACCAACCUCUUCAGCAAACUGACAUCCAAACUCACAAGGAGAAUCCCAACAGAAUCUGAGAGAAAUGGGCGAUUUGAGAGCUCAAGUCGCAAUGUAUCUGGGGAUCAAAAAGACGAAAACAAAGAAACCAAGCCCCGUUCCCUCCGAUUUACCUGGAGUAUGAAAACCACAAGCUCCAUGGACCCCAGCGAUAUGAUGAGGGAGAUCCGCAAGGUACUGGACGCCAAUAACUGUGACUAUGAGCAGCGGGAGCGGUUCUUGCUUUUCUGUGUCCAUGGAGACGGGCAAGCUGAGAACCUGGUGCAGUGGGAGGUGGAGGUCUGCAAACUGCCGAGACUGUCCCUCAAUGGCGUUCGCUUCAAGAGAAUAUCAGGGACAUCCAUAGCUUUUAAAAACAUAGCUUCCAAAAUUGCCAACGAGUUAAAGCUGUAAAAUAGUAAUAGAAAUGAAAAAAAAAAAAAGUAAGCUGUAAAUUCUUAAGUAGCAGUUCAAAAAGUGUUUUUUCCUGAACACUGGCAAAAAUAUGUAUUUAAAAGGAAAAAAAAAUAAUGUAUAGAAUAAUGCUUAGGCAAUAAUUUCCUGCAUCUUUGGAAUUAUUAUUAUUUAUUAUUAUUAUUAUUAUUAUUAUUAUUAUUAUUGAAAGUAACAAACGUUCUUGAGCUGCUGGGGUGGGGGUAAACAUUUGAUCUUUAAGUGCACGACAGCAUUACUCAGUUUUUCUCUGCUGCAUAAAACCGGUUUUUAAAGGAAUCUCUAACUUUAUUUGACCAAUGUGUUUGGUAUGCACCCUGUUAUAAAAGGCAAUUUCUAAUCCUUGCAGUGUUACAGUGGAUGGAUGGGGAUGUCUGUGAAUCCUGUAGGUCUCUUGACAGAGCACAUUACCUACAGUUUGCAGCACCAAAUGAUCCUCGAAGAGCCUCCAAAACAGAGCAUUAAAAGUACUUCCCGUUUCUCAGACGGUGAAGGACGUAUUGCGCUCGAGAGCCUAUUGCAUACAUUUCUUACCAAACUUUCCUGUGAAGUAGUCCGCUCUCUGGCGUUUACACUGCUCGCUGUUAAACCAGAUGCUUGGUAGUGCAAGGCGGUUUGUUUUGCAGAAGAUAUAUUGACCAACUGAAAAAAAUAAAAUAAAAAAAACAGUAACAUUUUGGGAAAGGGAAUGCAUCAGUGCAACUGAGUUGAUGUUUUUCUUUGGAAAAGACAAACUAAGUCCUCCUCUAUCAUCUGUUAUUCCCAGGUUCUUCUGGCAGAUUUCAGUGCAGUAUUUGGGCAAUUGUAUUUAUUUAUUUUUUUGUAGCUUGUUCAGCUGUAAUUAUGGGUAAUACCAGCUGAGGUCUAGCCUGCGCACAGACUAGGUUUCUAAUGGUUGCCGCUGUGGGACAAUGUUCAUUUAAGUACAGUGUGCAGUUUUAUGGCUUUAGUUAUUUUGUUCUUUUCCAAAGCUUCAGCACAGUCUUUGGAAUGUAAAUAAUGUAACUUAGUUUUGCAACAGCUCCAUAUUGUUAUACUUCAUUUUUUCCUUUUUUUUUUUAAAACAUGUAAUGAGCCAGGAAUGAUGGAAUUGAUGUAACUUGUCUACAGUUAAAGUUCACCAGUGUCUCCAUUAAAACAACCUCAAAUCUA